AUGAAGCUUUCCCAAGAUCUGCAGAUUUCCCUCACCGUGGCGAUGUCCGAAGCCGGUCGUCUAGGGCACGAGUAUGCCGGCCUCGAACACUUGCUGCUGGCGCUAUGUCUCGACGAAGACUCCGCUCAGGUGCUGCGCCAUUCCGGGGCCGAUCCGGCGCAGCUGCACCGCGAGCUGGAACGUUACCUGGCCGAUGAAGUCGAUCGGCUCGAUGUCGGCGAGGACUACGAGCCGCGGCCGAGCAUGGCAUUGCAGCGGGUCAUCACCCGGGCCGGCAUGCACGUCGAGAGCGCCGGCAAGGAAGAGAUGACCGGCGCCGACCUGCUGGUGGCGAUGUUCGGUGAGGGCGACUCGCACGCGGUCUACCUGCUUGCCGAACAGGGCGUGACCCGGCUCGACGUGACGAGCUACCUGGCCCACGGCCACUCCAAAUUGCAGCCCACCCUACCGGGCACCCGCUCGGUGCCGAUCGGUGAUGGUGAUGAGGCAGAAACGGCCGACGAGAGCGAUGGCCGGGCGCCGCGCGGCGACGAAGCGCUCGAAGCCUACACUCAGGAGCUGGUCGCCCUAGCGCGUGAGGGCGGUAUCGACCCGCUGAUCGGCCGCGGUAAGGAAGUGCUACGGGCACUCCACAUCCUGCAGCGGCGGCGCAAAAACAAUCCGUUGUUCGUCGGCGACCCCGGGGUUGGCAAGACCGCCCUGGUGGAGGGCCUGGCGCGGCGGAUCAGCCGCGAAGAGGUGCCCGAGGCCUUUCGCGACGUGCGCAUCUACCGCCUCGACAUGGGCGCUCUGCUCGCCGGCACCCGCUACCGCGGCGACUUCGAGAAUCGACUCAAAGCCUUGCUGGCGGCACUCGAUACCCAGACCAAGCCAAUCUUGUUCAUCGACGAGAUCCACACCCUGGUUGGCGCUGGCAGUGCCGGCCGCGGCAGCAUGGACGGCUCCAACCUGCUCAAGCCAGCUCUGCAAGGCGGCAAGCUGCGAGCGAUCGGCGCCACCACCUGGGAAGAGUACCGGCAGAACUUCCAGCGCGAUCUGGCCUUGGCGCGGCGUUUUCAGAAGGUCGAGGUCAACGAGCCGACGGUGGCUGAGACCGAGAAGAUCUUCCUCGGUCUGCGGGAUCGUUACGAGGCCCAUCACGGGGUGCGCUACACCCGGCCGGCGAUCCGUGCCGCUGCCGAGCUCGCCGGUCGCCACCUGCGCGACCGCAAGCUACCCGACAAGGCCAUCGACCUGCUCGACGAGGCCGGCGCGGCGGUGGCGCUGCGCGGCAAACAGCGGGUCGGGGUGGGGGAACUCGAGCAGGUGUUGGCGACCAUGGCACAGAUCCCUGCUCGACGGGUCAAGGGUGACGACCGCCAGCGGCUCGAAAGCCUCGAGCAAGAGCUCAAGACCGUGGUGUUCGGCCAAGACCCGGCGAUCGACCGGCUGGUCAGCGCGAUCAAGGUAUCGCGGGCCGGGCUACGAGCGCCGGAGAAGCCGGUGGGCUCGUUCCUGCUCACUGGCCCCACCGGCGUCGGCAAGACCGAGACCGCCAAGCAGCUCGCCGAAGUGCUGGGGAUCUCCUUCCUGCGCUUCGACAUGAGCGAGUACAUGGAACGCCACACGGUGUCGCGCCUGGUCGGUGCGCCGCCGGGCUAUGUCGGCUACGACCGCGGCGGCCUGCUCACCGAGGCGGUGUCGAAGAACCCCCACGCAGUGCUGCUACUCGACGAGAUCGAGAAGGCCCACGGCGAUGUCUUCAACAUCUUGCUGCAGGUGAUGGAUCACGGCACCCUGACCGACACCAACGGCAAGCAGACCGACUUCCGCCACGUCAUCCUGUUGAUGACCUCGAACGUCGGCGCCCGUGAGAUGGCCGCUCGCAGUCCUGGCUUCGGUUUGCAACAGGCCGAGCUCGGCAGCGAGGGCGAACGCGCGGUCGAGCGUUUGUUCAGCCCCGAGUUCCGCAACCGGCUCGAUGGCCAGUUGCGCUUUGACGCGCUCGAUCCCAAGGUCAUGGGUCGGAUUGUCGACAAGCUGGUGGCCGAGCUGUGCGGGCCGCUCAAAGAGAAGAAAGUCAGCUUGGAGCUCACCGACGCCGGCCGCGAUCUGCUGGCCGAAAAAGGCUAUGACCCGGCUUUCGGCGCUCGCCCCCUCGGCCGGGUGAUCGAAGAUACGGUCACGCGACCCUUGACCGAAGAGCUACUGUUCGGUCGCUUGCAGAGCGGUGGGCGGGUGGUUAUCGAUGCUCGCGAGGGUGAGAUCGUGCUCGACUUGCCCGAAGCGACAAUUCCCAACGAUGCCGCCUACAUCUCGAUUACCAGCGAUGGGUUGCUGCGAGUCUCGGACGGCGAAGAGAUGAGCCGGCUGCUGGACUACGCCGACCUACGGGCUUUUGUCCUCGACUUGCACAACCGCUAUCUGGAGCGGCCGGUGGUCAUCACGGCCGACCACCAGGCGCGUUAUAAGAAUGUCGACCGGGUGAUGGAUGCCAUCAAGCAGACCGGCGGGCUGGUCUACCUGCUGACUCAGCACGUCACCAUCGAGGGUUGA